CCUUGAAUAAGCUACAACCCUGCAACCCUGACUUGUCCGAACUUUUUGCCUCCACCGACCAACCAUCUGCACAUCAAAUGAUGGCUGCUGCUAAGUGGCUGCCGAGUCUGCUGGUGGUGCUGCUGGCUGCAGCGUAUCUGGCUCACGCACAGGACAGGAUUAAGAUGUGUGGGCGAGAGCUUAUCCGUCUGGCCGUCUCAUCCUGCGGGAACUCUCGGCUGAGGAGAAGCAUCCCGGACGCAGAACUGAGCCAACAGCAGCUCACCGCUGGCUCUGACCAGGAUUUCUCCACUGAGGAGGACCAGGCGUCAGAGACAAUCCAUGCCCCCCUACAGUCUGAUGAGAAAAGGGUCGCCUCCUCUUUGGCUCCUCACUGGCACCCCCUGACCUUUCGAAUCAGACGAGCUGCUGGAAAAAUAUCUGACAUUUGCUGCGAGAAAGGAUGCAGCAUGAAAGAGCUUAUUCAGUUUUGCUAAGUAUAGCUCUACCACUUGUCCAACAGUGGAAAAGAAGAUUUUAUUUUGGGCUGUGAAGUCAUGAGGGACCUUUGCCAAGUAAACAAUUUUUGAAAAAUCUAGUAAAAUUCAUUCAAUAUGUUUCAUGUGACUUAAGAAAAGCUUUGAUUAAAGGAUGGAUUGCUCUGUGUGCAAGGGACAGUAAAAACAGAGAAAAACAAAGUGAACACGGGCUUUAUGGAGAGAGAUCAAAUCAGAUGCUAUUUAUUUGUAUUAGUAUAAUUUAUUUCAGUAAAAUCAGUGCAAAACAGACACACUGCAAUAA